CUGCAGACGACAGAAUCUGGGCAGGCGCUUAGCCUAGAAAGAAAACCUUCUUACGGAAAUCGUAUGCUGUGGCUUGAAAAUUAAUUCGUGGGAAAAAAUUUGGCUAUGAGAGGUGGACCCCAAUAAUCAUCAUUAUCAGUACUGCUGUUUUAUAAGUAUCAACAAUGGCAGUAGCGACAGCAUUUAAGCCUGAGGUAAAGGCUGGUGAGUGGUCAAAAAUGUUCCCUUCCAAGCAAGUUUCUGAAACACAGUCAGCUCUAUUUGUUAAGAAACUAUUAGCAGUGGCGGUUUCUAACAUCACAUACCUGAGAGCUAUUUUUCCCGAGCAUGCAUAUGGUGACCGAUGCCUAGAAGAUAUAAAACUGAAGGUGCUCCGAGAUGACAGCUCAUGCCCUGGGGCUUGUCAGGUCAUUCAGUGGGUCAAAGGUUGCUUUGAUGCUCUUGACAAAAAAUAUCUAAAAACAAUAGUCAUUGGGAUAUAUGUUGAUCCAAAUCAUCCUGAGACUGUAAUUGAAUCAUAUACAUUUAAGUUCAGUUAUAAUGAUGAUGGACCAAGUAUCAAUGUUUACAGAAAUAACAAAAAAGUAACAGGAGCGAAAACUGAGGAAGAGACCAAAAAAGCUACCAUUCGACUUCUGAGAACUAUCAUAGUGCUUACACAGUCUCUGAAAUCGCUCCCUGAUGAUGUCAUGAUGACAAUGAAGUUGUUCUUCUAUGAUGAUGUUACUCCAAGCGAGUACCAACCACCAGGCUUUCAAGCAGGCAGUGCUGAUGCCUUCAGAUUUGAGGAGGAACCCAUAAACAUCAGAGUUGGAGAUGUUGCAACGUCUUUCCAUACCGUCAAAUUACGUAUCAAGACAGAUGGAAAGCAGUUUGAAAUGAAAGACAAUGAAGAAGAGGAUGAGAAUGCUAAUGUAGUGAAGGGACAGUUGGAAGAUGCUAAGACGGAUUGUCAACAAGACGAACAACAAGCUAUGGAUGUUGAGGAAAGUAUCAUGGAUGAAACAAAAACAUCAGAAAUAGAGCACCCAGUUGAAUGUGAUGGUGUGCCGGAGGGAAGUCCAGCUGUUCCUGGUAAACGCAAAGAUGCUACCUCUCCAUCUGGCUCUGAAAUCUAUGAAUCGGCUUUGGAAGAUGCCCCUGUACGGUGUCCAUGUGAAAGCAAUGAGGAUGAUGGGUUGAUGAUACAGUGUGAGUCAUGUAAGUCUUGGCAGCAUGCUGUGUGCUUUGCAGUUAUUGAUGAGGAUCAAGCGCCAGAAAAGCAUCUCUGCAAUCUCUGUGUCAAUGUUAAUGAUCCAAACAGUCUAAAGCUCACUGACCCGUACCUGGUUGGCCAGUCACCUAUCAUUGUCCAGUCAACCUGUCUCUGGCGUAGGACAUUGUUAUCAGCUGUAGAGAUGGGUCGUAUGCUUGCUCCUGCCUUAGCGAAGAGACUUGAUGUGGAAAUUACUGUUGCUCAAGGCCUGAUAAACCGCUUGGAAAUUGAAGGUUAUUGUAAGAAUGCGGAGAAGGGUAAAAGACUUGGAAAAAUAAUGGACAAACAGAAGCUGAGAGAGGACGCUUUCAAGAAGUACUUCACUAGAGGACAGUCGCUGAAUUCAAAGGAUGCUGGUACCGAUCAUCAAAAUGGUGAGGCACCACUUAAAGACCGACGUCGUGAGGCGAAAAAUCAGGUUGAGCUGUUGGCUCAAAGAACAGAAGAAAUUGAACUUACAGAAAGGAGAAUGACUAGAUCACAGAGGAAUUCAUUUGAAUUGUCUCAAAAAACUGACCUGUCACAUAUCAGGGAAGAUAAGGUUCGUCACAGUCCAAGGUUGAAGAAUAGCCAAACUUCUAGUGACCGGAAGCGCCCUCGUAAGGUUGCUGUAUCGGUAGACAAUCAAAACGAAUUUGAACUAUGUAAUAGCCAGGACAUGGAACAAGUUGUAAAUCCAGGUAGAAAACGACGAAAAGCAAGCAUUGCAAAGAAGUCUGUGGCAGUUUAAUGAUGCUCACCCUACAGGUUUUACAGAGGUCAGCGACAGGUUAAUCAUAGUACCCCCAAAUACAUCUGUAAGUGAUAUGCUUGCAUAUUGUUACAAUGGGUUUUUCAAAUGUAAAUAUGUUUAUUCUUGUUGAUGAAAUUUCUGAAGUUUAUAAUAAAUUUUACAUUAAAAAAAUAUAUAUUAUAUAAAAAUGUUAUUUAUUUGAAAACAUUAUGAAGUCAAUUUCAUGAUUGAUAUUUCAGAAUGACAAUUCAAUCAAUAUCUUCUACAGUGUGUACCGUACUGAACAUAAAAUUGAAAUACAGAUAAUAUAUAUGCAGUAGUCAAGUGAUAUUCUCAUGAAUGCAUCCGUUUUUAUUAUGAAGUAUUUUCAUAGAAGUAUUUAUGAAAGUUUUUAUUAAGCUUGUUAGCAUGUUUUUAAAAAUUGAAUUCUGAUCUCUUUUUUUUUUCCUUUUUUUUUUUUGCACUGAAUUUAAUACAAAUAUAUUGUUUUGUCAUGUUUUUGCAGAUCGCUCAUUCAACCUACCUCUCUGGGUUACUUUUAAGACUACAAUACAAUAUUUUUCAAUAAGUAACCCUUUUUAUAUUCAAAUAUAAAGAAUUAUUCAGUCAGUUACUACCAUUACAAAUUAUGGUGCACAUAUAAAGCCUAAAGCAAACUGGUGGCUAAGUGUGGACUGUUGUAAAUCAGCUUUUAACUUACCUAAGCCUCUACCCCAACAUGCAUUUCAGUAUUAAUGUAGUAAGUAAAAUUUAAUUCCUUGAUAUGUUGAGUGGCAUAUUUAGAUUUUUCAUGGUGAGUUUUAUUUAUUAUUUACUUCCUUUAUCAAAGAUGUUCUCUUUUUGGUAAAACAUUAUGCUUUCAUUUUUUACUCUUUUUUUUUAUGUAACUAAAAUGUUAGAAAAGGGAACGCACACAGUGUGGCUUUAUAAUCAGCCCUUUGACAGACAGUUGUUGACAUUCUGAUAUUUAAACUUAAUUCCUGUUGUCAGAUGUUAGGUUAUCAUUCCCUGAAGAUAUAAACAAAAAAAUUAAUGUUAACAUCUACCCACCUGUUUUUGAAAUUACACUCUGUUGCAUGCUACUAUUAUUAGUACAAACUAUGUAAUAAUAUAUUUAACUUGGCACAAUGUACCUUGUAGCUAAGCCCCACCCCCUUUGAUAUUCUCUAGUUAAGGUUCAGCAAAAUGACAACGUGAACAUAUGUAAAUAAGCGCUUGUACAACAUAUGCCUGUUCUGAUUGGUUAAGUGUUCUGUUUGAUUGACACUCCAGAAAGUUCCAUUAUGUAAUUAUUUUUUUUUAGGUCUCAACAAUAAAUUUGGUAAACA